UUUGUUUCAAUAGAUUUCCAAGAAAUUAAUUACGAACUUGACAAAGAUUCCUCAAUGGUUUCUACGAACGAAAAUGCGAUGCGAAGAAACAUGACAGGCACGAUAUUAUUAUCGUGACGCGCCAUUAAACUUGGCGAUAUUUCGAUAAUAGUAAAGUCUCACUGCAAGGUAUAAACCCCGACUAUAAGAUGCUCCAGCAUAACGUCAAUCAUAAAAGAAAACAGAUCUUUCACAGGAUAAGUGUUUGAUUGUCCAAGCCUUUCAUCAUUCUAGUCGGAUAAUCGCAUGUAAAUAUUCAUAAUUUCUCGUGACUACAUCCAUUACACUGAGUGUCUCUUUCUCUGAGAGAAUUUUCUAUUAGAAAAUUGUAAGGGCAAUAUUGUGGCGCGGUAGUCGAAACCGAGUGUUGAAGAUGGAUUCACCGAACGAUAUCUUUCAGUCCCGAUUGUAUAGACUUAAUCGUAGGCUACUUUCAUUGCUGGGGCAAUGGCCCUUUCAAAAGGACAGAGAGAGGAAAAUUAUUUUUGUGACAGUGUCGUUUAUUGGCCUAACGCAGGCUCUUACGCAGGUAUUCGCUUUAGUGACGUUACGCCACGAUCCUGAUGCAAUUCUCGAGUGUAUACCACCGCUCACAGUAAACUGCGCAUGCAUCGUUAAGAUAAUAAACUUGGCGUACAACACAGAGAAGGUAUGCAGAAGAUCGCGGUAUUAAACUUGAGAUCAUAUGUA